AAUUUUAAAAAAUAAAAAAAAGGGUUGUAUAGAAAUAAAGAAAAAGUUUGAUAUGAAAUGGGAAAUGAAAGAAAGAAAACGCCAAAGCUGAUGGCAUAUAUUCCCCUACCUACAUAACUAGGCCUAUGUUUCCAGAAAUAGAGUGAGAACAACAUGGGACACUUUGACACCUUCCCAAUUAUAAAAUCAACUACAGCUUCCACAUUUUAAGGCAGAACACCAUUAAGGAUCAAACCAAGAUUCCCACACACUCCCUCUCUGUUCUCUAGAUAUAUAUAUACACACCAACAUAUACAUACAUACAUAUAUGUUUCAAGCCGCGGAAUACUGCAGUUGUAGCACGAAUGGCUCUUCAGAAAUCAAACAAUAAGGAUCCACGCUUGGUUUUAUCCCGCGAUGCGAAGCCACGGCUGAAAUGGACUCCAGAACUUCACCAGAGAUUCGUUGAUGCCAUUGCUCAGCUUGGAGGUGCAGACAAGGCUACACCGAAAUCAUUGAUGAGAGCGAUGAACAUUCAUGGCCUUACUCUGCACCACCUCAAGAGCCAUUUGCAGAAAUUUCGGCUGGGGAAAAGUCAGCAAUUGCAGCCAUACCAAGAUGACAAGCAGGGAGAUCACAGAGAAUCUCCGAGUCAUUUACCUGCUGCAGAUAGGUGUGAUGAAGCCGAGGGGCAGAUGAAUGAAAACACGCAGAUAGCUCGGGCUUUGCAAAUGCAAAUGGAGGUGCAGAGGAAACUACAUGAACAAAUUGAGGUGCAAAGACAUCUCCAACUGAGAAUUGAAGCCCAGGGAAAGUAUCUCCAAUCUGUUAUGAAAAAGGCACAGGAAACACUUGCAGGGUACGGUUCUUGUACAGGAGUGGAGCUUGGUGCAAAAGCCGAACUUUCUAAAUUAGUGUCAAUGGCGGAAAUGGGGGGGUGCCUGCAGAGUUCUUCAAUGUCAGUACUGACUGAAAAGGAAGGUUCAGUAACAAAAGAAACCGAGAAUAAACACAUGAGAAGCAGCUCACCCUCAUCAUCUGAGAGCUCGGGAAGGAUGGAACGUUCUCGAGCAAAGCAAGAAGCAGAAGACGAUAGCAACAAGUCGAGGGGGGAGGAUUCCAUCGAACUCUCACUGAUGGAAAUGCAUCCAACCCAUAAUGCAUCAAAUGAUCAAGCAAGAAGUGGAAGGAAAAGAAGCCAAAGCACCAGCAUCCCUGAUAAUACCUGUGUCCAAAAACCAUCUGAUAAAAUAUUCAAAGCCAGCAGCACAUAUGAUGAACACAAGUUGAAAAAGUAUGGAUUCUUGGAGAAUCUGGAUUUGAAUGCCAAGUGCCUUAGUGACUUUGAUACAGGCCCUAAAGUUAUUGACUUGAACAGCAAUGGAGUGGAGCAAUUUAAUGGGUAUAGCUAGUGCAUGCAAACUUUAAUGCAGAUGCUCAGUUCACUUGAUUUUGAUAUUAUAAAGUCACUGGUGUACAGCUAUAAUGUUGUUUAUACAAACUAUAUAUAUAUAUAUAUAUAUAUAUAUCAUGAUUUGUGAAUGAAUAGCCAAAGAUCUUUUCUGGGUA